AUGACGGUACUAGACUCUGGAAACUGGGGAUUGACGCCUGCCAUGGAAACAGGUCUGUUCCAGAGACCACAAGACCGUGUCUUUAUUAUAGAGUUGGAGAAUUCCAUAGUGUCUUUUAUUAACUCGAACACUGAAUCAUUUCAAUUGAGACCAAUGAACUCGUAUUACAGGCUUCUGUCGCAUCAAAUAGCUGAAUAUCACAAUUUGAAUCAUGUCUUGGCAAGAACGCAGGACAGUUGUGUAAUUCUUUUCAAAGGUGAGAAUUUCCAAAAAAUAGAAGGCAAACCACUACUACAAGAAUUACAACAGAGUAAAUCAGAAGAACCCGCUUCUUCAAAUGAGAAUAUUGAUAGAUCAAACAAUAACAAAACAUUUYGAAUUUUGAAAAGGAAAGAGGUACGUAACGAUAAUGAUUCCAAAACGGAUAAUAAUAUAGCUACAUCCGAUAAGUUAGCAACGAAUCCUGUUAGUAGUCAAAAAAUCGAAAACGAUGAUAAAUCAAGUACUGAUUUGGAACAAGAGAGAAUCGAGAAGGAAAGAAUUUAUGAGCAGCGUAAACAGGAAAUUUUUGACAAGCUUAAUAAUAAUGAAGACGAUGGAAAAUCAAUCAAUAGUAGCAGUGGUAAUGAUAGUGACAAUGAAUGGAGUGAUUGGUUGGACAGUGAUGAUGCUAAUACCCAAACCACUAAUGGCACGCCAAGCUCCCCAUCGCCAUCCAACCCAUACACAACUAUGCAACAAAACAAGCCUCGUCAACAAUUUUAUGAUAGUAGAAGAGCAAGAGGAGGAAGAAGAAGAGGGACAGGAAACUAUAAAGAUACACAUCGAGGGCUAAACCGCCGGAACAAAGAAAACGGCGGUUACCAAGGGGGAUAUGCUACACCUUAUAUGGUAUAUCCACCCACCCAGAUAGGAAACAACGCUCUACCAACCUAUCCAAUCGUGUAUAACCCAGCUUCUCCUGCGCCUUCUUCCAAUCCUUCGCCUGUGGUUAUGGGCGGAAACGCGGUGUUCAUGAACCCUUAUAUCUACAACAUGAAUCCGCAAGGAUCAUGUUCUUUUGGUGCCCCUGUGCCCGUGUAUCAAUCAUACCAGUACCAAUAUCAAUAUCCAUACAAUCAAUAUCAAAAUGGGCUAUAUAGCAAUACACCAGGCUAUAAUUCUAAUGCUUAUAAAAGCUCUUCAGUAAACAAGCAUAACCAGUCUCAAAGAAAAGACACAACGUCAAAUGAGGGCCCUGACCACAACAAAUAUAUCAGCAAUGAGAAGAUUCGUAGCGGGAAUAGCAAGGACACACCGUCAUCGAAAGAAGCUAAUUUAAUAGAGGUCAAAUUUGAUCAAUUGAGCAUU